AGGAACAUGAUACCCACGCUGCAUGAUGUAGCGGCACUACAACUCGCAGAUUUAGGUCGAGUGGAUGAUACAGGACGACAGCAUGUCCUGCUCGCGUAGAAGUAGUACUAGCAGGCCCUCCACCAACACGAGGACCCUUGUAAGUGGCCUAGUAGCUGCUCCUGCUGGUCGUGUGUCGGUUCUCCAGUGUCGUUUGUACAAGCUUCUCACCUUCUUUCUCGCAACUGGAUUGAUAGUGUAUCAGCAAGAAGUAGACGACGAGGAGUCGGAUAUAGUUAUUUCAGGAGUCCGAUAUUCAUAUUUUGACGUAUUAGGUGAACUUGAAGAUGAAGAACUCUACUCUGGCUUUCUUGCCAACGAGAACCAACUCACUAGGCCACCGAUAGGGAAAAAUGCUUCUCCACCUUCAGAAUUGCACGGUCAGAGCAGUUGUUGCAGCUUUCGCGCAUUCUCAGGAGCAGCAAGUACAAGUAGAACGCCAAAAACAACUUCUCGUCCAGUCCCCUCUUCAUUUUCACUUUUCGCAAAAGCAGCGAUACUCUUAACCGACGCGCGGCGGGUGAGAGUAGAGCACAUCGUAGUUGACGAUCAGCAUCAGGAACAAGAACGAGUGGAGAAUAAACAGACCAAAUUUUCAUUUUCACCGACGAUCGCAAAAAACUCAGCACAAAAACCAUUACUGCAACGGGGUAAACAGAAAGCGAGGAGGACGACCGCGGCAAGAGCCGCGACGAAGCUCGCAGAAGGUGUGGAGCUGGGAGAAGAUGAGGCUACAGCACGAGCCGGAGUCCCCCUGCCGUUGUCGCUGCUGGUGCGACGAGCAGGUGUCGUUCGGAACAGGACGGUGACCAGAAGAACAAUAGCAAGUUCUACAACUUCAUCAUCCCGCCAAGUUGUUCUCCCAACUAGAAACAAGAACAUUACCCCCGUGGUAAGCACAGAUAAUUUUGACCACCGAAGAAGUAGAAAACCAAAAAGUACGAAAGCACCGCCAGCACCUGCAAAACCUACAGAAGAAGUUGCACCUCAAGAACAACAGCAGAACCAAGGAGCUGCUCACACGCUCGGGGUGGAGGAAGAAACCAAAACCGAAACGGAAACCACUAGCGCUACAUUAAGCACGAGGACUUCUUUGCAGGAGUCGACUGUGGAAUCGCGAUCUGUAAGAACUACGACCUCCUCUGCUCCUCCUAGAGGGCCGCAAGAAAAUCUUCAUCAAGGUGCCGCGGCCUCGUCGACUAGUAUCACUGCAGCAACUGGAUCUGGAUCAUCUACGACCUCGUCCACCGCGACCUCAACUACAGCAGCAUUGAAAAAAAAUCUGAAACACGUGUUGGCUUCCCGGAACAAAUUGCGACUAAGGCUUGUCCUCAGCGAAAACGUGAGGCGGAACCAAGUGAAGAGGGACGUGGUCUUCCAAAAUGCGGUAAACCGAGGCCUGAUAGACGCGCUGAAUCAGGCGAUAGAUGAGAAAGAGACUCAAGAACUACUUGCCGCACAAAGAACCACAGGGGCGGG